GCCCAGACCCUGCCUCCGCGGCUGACUUCUUUGGCCUGCCGCACAUGCCGGGCCCUUUUGAGAUGGACCCCAAGGAAGCUGUGGUCAUAGGUGAUGCCUCGGAUCCUCAGGUCAAGCAAGCCAAGGAGAAGGUCUUGUCGCUUCAGAACAAAGCGGAGGAUGCCUUGCAGGCUAUCCAGAAGGACCCCCAGGCCACCAUCGGGAUUUGGAAUUUAGUGCUUGGGGUUUCUAAAGGGUUUAGGGCCACCAACAUCAUCAACGACAUUAUGGACGACAAGACUGCGGCCGCCACACAGCGAUGGCAGCGCCUGAUGAUCCAGGCCAAGUACCAGUGGGAGGAUGACGUCCCAUUCCCUGUGACCAAGCGCGGCGUUCAGAAGCCCCGCGGAGACAAGCGCAACGAGCGCAUCAUCACUUCCCUGAAGAACUACAUCUCGGGCUCCAAG